CCGCGGGGCCGCCACACUCGCCCCCCGCCCCCCCCCGCGCUCACUCGCACUCACACCCGGGCGCAGGAGGCGGGCGGCCCGGGCCCCACCGGCCCCCCAUGGACGCCCCCGGCACGGGGCGCUGAGACCCCCGCGUCGCUGCCCAGCCCGGUCCAGCGCGCCACGCCGAGGGACCUCCGGACAGGACAAGAUUCCGAAGCUACUCCCCCAGCCCAGGACCCCCCCACAGACCCGGCUUCCCCCCCAACCCCACUGCCUGCCACUCCCUGGCCCCUCUCACCGCCCGCCCCCCUUGGGGCGCAGGGCAUGGUGUGAAAGGCCAAGUGCUGAGGCGGGCACCAUGGGUGCUGGGCCCUAGGGCCUGGGUGGCGGGGGGUGGGUGGCCUGUGGGCGUGCCGGGGGGGCCAGUGUGCCCACCCCAGUCUCUUGGCGUGCUGGAGGGCAUCCUGGAUGGAAUUAAAGUGAAUGGAACAGAAGCCAAGCAAGGUGGAGUGUGGGUCAGACCCAGAGGAGAACAGUGCCAGGUCACCAGAUGGAAAGCGAAAAAGAAAGAACGGCCAAUGUUCCCUGAAAACCAGCAUGUCAGGGUAUAUCCCUAGUUACCUGGACAAAGACGAGCAGUGUGUCGUGUGUGGGGACAAGGCAACCGGUUAUCACUACCGCUGCAUCACUUGUGAGGGCUGCAAGGGCUUCUUUCGCCGCACAAUCCAGAAGAACCUCCACCCCACCUACUCGUGCAAAUAUGACAGCUGUUGUGUCAUUGACAAGAUCACCCGCAAUCAGUGCCAGCUGUGCCGCUUCAAGAAGUGCAUCGCUGUGGGCAUGGCCAUGGACUUGGUUCUAGAUGAUUCGAAGCGGGUGGCCAAACGCAAGCUGAUUGAGCAAAACCGGGAGCGGCGGCGGAAGGAGGAGAUGAUCCGAUCACUGCAGCAGCGACCAGAGCCCACUCCCGAAGAGUGGGACCUGAUCCACGUUGCCACGGAGGCCCAUCGCAGCACAAAUGCCCAGGGCAGCCAUUGGAAACAGAGGCGGAAAUUCCUGCCUGAUGACAUUGGCCAGUCACCCAUCGUCUCCAUGCCGGACGGAGACAAGGUGGACCUUGAGGCCUUCAGCGAGUUUACCAAGAUCAUCACCCCGGCCAUCACCCGCGUGGUGGACUUUGCCAAAAAACUGCCCAUGUUCUCUGAGCUGCCUUGCGAAGACCAGAUCAUCCUCCUGAAGGGGUGCUGCAUGGAGAUCAUGUCCCUACGGGCGGCUGUCCGCUAUGACCCCGAGAGCGACACCCUGACACUGAGCGGGGAGAUGGCUGUCAAGCGGGAGCAGCUCAAGAAUGGCGGCCUGGGUGUCGUCUCCGAUGCCAUCUUUGAACUGGGCAAGUCACUCUCUGCCUUUAACUUGGAUGACACGGAAGUGGCUCUGCUGCAGGCUGUGCUGCUAAUGUCAACAGCCUCUCUGCCUCUGCCCCCCUCCGCCCACUCACCCGCCUGCCCCUACUUCCCCGCAGAUCGCUCGGGCCUGCUGUGUGUGGACAAGAUCGAGAAGAGUCAGGAGGCGUACCUGCUGGCGUUCGAGCAUUACGUCAACCACCGCAAACACAACAUUCCGCACUUCUGGCCCAAGCUGCUGAUGAAGGUGACUGACCUCCGCAUGAUCGGGGCCUGCCACGCCAGCCGCUUCCUCCACAUGAAAGUCGAGUGCCCCACCGAACUCUUCCCCCCACUCUUCCUCGAGGUCUUUGAGGAUCAGGAAGUCUAAAGCCUCAGGCGGCCAGAGGGUGUGCGGAGCUGGUGGGGAGGAGCCUGGAGAGAAGGGGCAGAUCUGGGGGCUGAGGGAGACCCCCACACCUCUUCUCUCCUCCCUCUCAUCCUCGGAUAGAUUCAGCUCCCCACACACCCCCUCCCCCCCGCAUUGCCCCGUCCCUCCUCAGAACCUCCAGCCCUGGGGCAGGGCAAACAAAUGAACUUGCUAUGAAAAGGACAGU